AAUCCCUUAAUUACGCGCAGAAAUCUCCCCCAAAACGAGAGCAAGGAACGCCCCUAUCUACUGUGUGCGUGUCGUCGCCAUUGCCACCGCUCGAGAGAUUCCUGAGAUUGGAAAGAGGGAAGGGAAGUGAGAGAGGGUGGAGGCCACGGCCAUGUCGUCGUUGGGGACGUCCAAGGGGAUCCUCGAGAUCGCCAAGUUCGGGGUGUACGUCGCCGUCCCCGUUACCCUCACCUACCUCGUCGCCACCGACUCCAAGGCCAUCAAGAAGCUCAUGGGCCUCCGUCCUUAUGUGGUUUACCCUCCAGAAGGCCCACGACCACCACCGCCCGAAGAACUUCGUGAAAGGGCUCGGGAGAUAGCUCGCAGCAGAAGGCAAGAAUAAACAGGUGGACCAUGGUUGCUCCAUAUAGUUUGUACUCAGAUAAUCUUCUGCAUGAUACUACGAUCCGCCCAAAAGAUUCAUGAAACUGGGGCACAAAAACUUCGACUAUCAGACAUGCUGUCAUGGGUGUAUGGUUGUCAAAUAACAUGAUUUCACUUUGGAAGAAACCCACUUGACUCCGGUUAUUCUGUUGUGGUGUUUCUGGUUGUUGAUGUAAAAUUAUGAGAUGUUUGUGAGUUGCGACGAAGAGUAAUAAACAGGUUUCACCCGUCU